CCUUCCUGAGAAAACUUUUUAAUGCAAAAGCACGGUGCUCCAGGGUCUGGGCUUGGGGACACUUAGGCAUUGCCCUUGAAUGAGUAGGUAACUCUUUCUGAACCAAUUAGAGCCUAGGAUUAAGGCACGGAGGUGGCGUGAAACAGAGGCCAGCCUGAGAUCAGGCCUGGCCUGAGGGUCAGGUGGAGUCUACUCUGCUGCAGUUCAGGGUCUCUCUCUCCCCUCCUCUGCAGGUUCAGGCUGGCCUGGUGAGGCCAAAACCAAGACCCGGACUAUGAGUCUCCGAUCAGAUACCCUCCACAAGCCCUGUGGCCAAAUGAGGGACCAGGGACUCAGAAUCCAGAGCCCCGACACCCAGCUGAUGGGGCUGAUCCUGCGCUUGCAGCAGACCAUAGAGGGCUACAUCAUGCAGCUGGAGACCAGGCACCUGCAGCAGGACCUGGUGCCGGAGGAGGAGAGUCACAGGGAGGCCACCAGGGAGCAGGAAGCCAGCCUCAUCCAACUGAUGUGCCAGGUGGUCAGCCUCUUACCAUCAGGGGCCAUAGGUGGCCUGGAGCUCCUACUGUCCCGCCUUUCCCUGGACUCUGGCGGUGAUGUUGGAGGUGCACAGCAGGCCCGGUUGUCCAGGCAGCCUGACCAGCUAGGUAACCAGCUGAGCCAUUUGCAUUCCAGCUAUGGCCUGUCCCACCGUGGGAUUAACAUUUCUGCCUCACACUACUCCAGAUUCCAGAACUUCCUGACCUGCUUAAAAGACAAAUAUGAUGAAGACAAGAACAGCCCGAUGAGGAUGGGCAGGGGGCACACUAGAGAGCCCCAGCACUGGGAUUUACUGAGUCCUGCGCCAGGUGCUGUGCUCUCUCGCUUCCUCUUCCCAGGCCCGCAGAGCAGGUGGUAUUGUCUCCCUACAGAUAAGGGAAUGGGACCUACAGGAAGAAGUGGCCCAGUUCCUGACCGACUACUGCAGGGCACCCGCCCGCUUGAUCCCGAAAACGUAGUGGUUCCAAAUGGCUGCUUCCAUGUCUUCUCUGUGUUGUCCAUGGUUCUGUGUGGUCCAGGUGAGGCCUUUCUGACCUCCAGCCACUCCUAUGCUGGCUUCACUUUCACGUCCCACCUGUAUUCGAAAGUUGAGCUGGUGUAUGCCCACCUGCACAAUCCUCUGGGAGACCUCUACUCCCAGGACUCACUGAAGGAGCUCCUGGACUUUGCCAGGAGCGCAGCCCCGGACGCGUUCCUGACCUUGCCAGCCCAGCCCUUCUGCAGGACCCUGCUCCGGAGGGCCCAGAUGUCCACCCUCCCUGAGAAGGAAUCCAGGGUGCCCACCUCCUGUCCGGGCCCAGCCUCCACACACGGCCUGGACAGUAACCGUGGGGAUGGUCCGGAGAGAGGGCGCACCAGAAAACCAGACCCGAAGCCCCGGGAGGUCUAUGGAGUGGGUGACCCCACUGCCGCGUUCUCCUCUGGUAGCUCCCUCCUGUCCUCGAGAGGAAGAGUCGUGAAAUGGUUCUGGGACUCCGCCGAGGAGGGCUACAGGACCUACCACAUGGACGAGUAUGAUGAAGAUAAGAACCCCCAUGGCGUCAUUAACUUGGGCACCAGCGAGAACAAGCUCUGCUUCGACCUUCUGUCCAGGCGGCUGUGUCAGAGCGACAUGCUGCACGUGGAGCCGUCUUUGCUUCAGUACCCCGACUGGAGGGGACAUCUGUUCCUCCGGGAGGAAGUGGCUAGGUUCCUGUCUUUCUACUGCAAGAGCCCCGCACCCCUUAAACCAGAGAGUGUGGUGGUCCUGAACGGCUGUGCCUCUCUCUUCUCUGCUCUGGCCACGGUGCUGUGUGAGGCCGGGGAGGCUUUCCUGAUCCCCGCCCCUUACUACGGAGCCAUCACGCAGCACGUCUAUCUCUAUGGCAAUGUCCGACUGGUCUAUGUCUAUCUGGACAGUGAGGUCUCUGGGCUGGACACUCGCCCCUUCCAGCUCUCAGUGGAGAAGCUGGAGAUGGCCCUGCAAGGAGCUAAUUCUGAGGGUGUGCAGGUCAGAGGCCUCAUCCUCAUCAACCCCCAGAACCCUCUGGGUGAUAUCUACUCCCCAGAAGAGCUGCGAGAGUACCUGGAAUUUGCCAAGAGGCAUGAGCUGCACGUGGUGGUGGAUGAGGUCUACAUGCUGUCCGUGUUUGAAGAGUCGGCCGGUUACCGCAGUGUCCUGAGCCUGGAAAGGCUGCCUGACCCCCAGAGGACCCAUGUAAUGUGGGCGGCCAGCAAGGACUUCGGGAUGUCCGGGCUCCGCUUCGGCACGCUCUACACAGAAAACCAGGAUGUGGCCACUGCGGUGGCUUCCCUCUGCCGCUACCACGGCCUCAGUGGCUUGGUCCAGUACCAGAUGGCACGGCUGCUCCAGGACCACGACUGGAUCAACCAGGUGUACCUGCCGCAGAACCAUGCCCGCCUCAAGGCUGCUCACACCUACGUCGCUGGGGAGCUCCGGGCCCUGGGGAUCCCCUUCCUGAACCGGGGGGCAGGCUUCUUCAUCUGGGCCGACUUCAGGAAGUACCUGCCCGAGGCCACCUUUGAGGAGGAAAUGAGGCUCUGGCGUCGCUUCUUGGACAACAAGGUGCUGCUGUCCUUCGGCAAGGCCUUCGAGUGCAAAGAGCCGGGGUGGUUCCGCCUGGUCUUCUCCGACAAAGCCCACCGGCUUCACCUGGGGAUGCAGAGGGUUCGGCAGGUGCUUAAGGGCACCUCCCAGGUGGCAGAAGACCCCCCUUCCUGUCAGACCCAGGAGCUCUGGGGCCAGCACAGGUGAGCUGGCUGCUGCCUUGCAGCUGCUACUGCCAACCCGGGGCAUUCAAGGAUGCAAAGAGUGACCAUGGCUGAGCCGUUUGCCAGGAGGAUAGCCUGGCCCUUGAAGAAGAACCAUUCCCUGCCUCUCUGUGGCAGGGGGAGACUCCUUAAGUUGUGUUUGACCUGGUCCGUCCCCUGCCCCUCUAUUAAACAAAACUGGUAGAAACUAGAA